AUGACCCUCCUGCUGAUGAGGCCGUGGAGAAACUGUAAUGCGAUUGAUGAAUAUGGGAGGGUCUGUUAUGAUGAUUCCAACUUAGCCACGUUUGUUUGGCUCAGCACCUCGGUCGCACCCAUGUCCAGAGUGACGGCCCUGGCUUCACCCAGCUACCUUUGUGCCCAGAAUGACAGCCCUGGGCAUGUCCAGCUUGAUGACCUCGGCCAUGUUGUGAGUGACGGCCUUGACUUCAACCUGGUUUCACCCAUGGCCCGAGUGACGCCCCUUCCUCUGGUCGCGGAUAGUGAAGAUGUGGGCGGUGGAAGCACCGCCUAG